AUGCCUCGUCAGCAAACUCGCAAUAUUGCUCUUGCCGUCGCGGUGCAGAGACCAACACCUGUGUUUCACCUGGGCUACGGCUUCAGGCCUCAGGGGUUUACGCACCCUGUGAUCGACUCGGCGUGUUUCUCUGGACGCGGCCACAUCUUUGACAAAAUUACGGACGAGAUCAAGCUCAUCGGCCUCGGCGGGCCCAUCGACGGCGUCCUCACCGAGUACAAGGUCUUACCCGCACACGGUCUCGUCAGGAUCCCGGAUGGCUGGUCAUACGUCGAGGCCUCGACGCUCCCAUGUGCCGCAGUGACCGCGUACAACGCGCUCCUGGGCGCGAACCCGCUCAAGGGCGGUGACACUGUCCUCGUCCUCGGUACGGGCGGCGUCUCCAUCUUCGGCCUCCAGAUCGCGGUGGCAAGCGGCGCGACCGUCAUCGCGACCUCGUCGUCCGACAAUAAGCUAGAGGUUGCGAAGCAGCUCGGCGCGAAGCAUGUCAUUAACUACAAGAAGACGCCGGACUGGGAGGAGGAGGUCUUCCGGAUCACGGGCGGGCGAGGCGUGGACCACGUCAUCGACGUCGGCGGCGCGGGCACGAUCAACAAGUCGCUCGCGAGCACGCGGUAUGGCGGGACGGUCAGCGUGAUCGGGUUUGUCGGCGGUUCGGAAGAUGUCCGUAUAAUGUUUGAACUCCGGUCAACGCGUCUUGCCCCCGGUGCUAGUAUCGUCCUCAGGGGAGCCCUCGUCCGCGGCAUCCUCAUCGGCUCGCGCACGCAGUUCGAGGCGCUCGUGCGGCUGAUCAACGCGACGGGGCUCAAGCCUGUCGUGGACAAGGUAUCCCCGUUUGAGGAGACGCGCGGGGCGUACGAGCAUCUGGAGAGCCGGCAGCACGUCGGGAAGGUGUGCGUGCAGGUUGCGAGGGACUGA